UUGAAGGUGCUCCAACCCAGUGGACAGUGGCUACCUUCGGCUGGCAUCGAAUCCAGGUGGCGGUGGUGGGGGCUCAGGGCAAUGCUGUGCUGGGGGAACGCCUCCUAUGGCCAGCUGGGUCUGGGCGGCAUUGAGGAGGAGAUAGUGGUUGAGCCACGCGGCUGUGACUUAUUUGCGGGGAAACGGUUGUGCGGCGUGGGCUGUGGCCGCCGACACACGUCGUUCCUGCUGGACGACGGCACGGUGUACACCUGUGGCUGCAAUGACCUCGGCCAGCUGGGCCACGAGAAGCCCCGCAAGAAACCAGAACAGGUCGUGGCCCUAGAUGCCCAGAUCAUUGUGCUCAUAUCAUGCGGGGAAGCCCACACUCUCGCACUUAACGACAAGGGACAAGUCUUUGCCUGGGGACUGGCAUCUGAUGGCCAACUGGGCUUUGUCAACUCUGAAGAAUGUGUCCGGGUGCCAAGAAACAUCAAGAGUUUAUCAGAUGUCUGCAUCACGCAAGUGGCAACCGUCAUUCUCUCGCUCUUGCCAAAGACCGGUAGCGCCUGA